AUGGCCGACGAGAACUACGAGGAUGACAUCUUCGACGAUCUCUACGAUGAUGAGCCCGCACAGAAGCCCGCGGCUGCCGCACCCGCACCAGCCCCCAAAACCGAACCUGAGCCUACUCCAGCCGAGCCCGUAAGCGCGCCUCCUCAGGAUACCGCACAAAACAACGGUCAAGAUAGCGCGCUCUCUUGGCCAGCCCAAGGCGCGGCAGACGGCGACUCGCACAUGGACCAAUCCGGUUACAAUGCUGGCGGCGAGCAGUCGUACGACAAUGCGCCCAUGGAUGAUGACAACUAUGGGCCAAUCAACGUGAAAGAAGACGGGUAA